AUGGGCAAACGCGGACAGAUUGCGACCGGGCAACCAUUUUUGGACCACAUGAUUGACCAGUUGACGACGCACGCGCAGCUCGGAGUGUCCGUCCAAGUGGAGAAGGAACGUGUAGGCGAGAUGGUGAAAUGCGAACCAGAUACGGCGAAAUAUGCCUCGGACGAGGACGCAGAGGCGACGUUUAUGGCGUGUGGGGAAGCAGUAGGGAAAGCUUUGAAAGAUAUGCUCUGUUCGGAAGGUCGGAUUGGGUUCGCCGCGAACGCGAGGACGAACGGGACGAGGUUCGCCGCGCCGUUGGACGAAGCGUACGCGUCGUGUUUGAUUGAGCAGUUUGAUUCGGAGAAAGAUGGGGAGUUGAAACUGUUUUCCUUAGCGCCGUACGGACCGAGAAAUCGAACGCACAUUGGCGUGUAUCCAACGGUGUACACGGAGACGUUUUUUCGAGAAGUGGCGAAACACUCGGGAUUGACCAUUCGGUUGGAAAAGCAUCGAGGCGAUAACGCGCAUCACAUAGUCGAGGCGACGUUUAAGAGUUUCGCGAGGUGUUUGAGAAAAUUCAUGGACGAAGUCGAAGGCAGCGAUGUUGAAUCCAGUAGCAGCGGGAGUAACAACAGUACGAGUCGAGCGGCGAGUCGAGCCAGAAGCACGAAAGAGACGAGCAUCGACGUCGCGCUCGAUUUGGAUAUGAAAGACGAGGCGAAUAGUAGUUUGGAAAUCUCCACGGGUAUUGAAACCUUAGACGCUUUAUUCGACGCGUUGGCAGAAACCGCAGAGUUUGGUACUUUAAAAUGCGUCGCAUCGGGAGAUACGUGGAUCGACGAUCAUCACACGACCGAAGACGUCGCGAUCACUAUAGGCCAGUGCUUGAACGAAGCGUUGGGGAACAAAGCCGGUUGUAAUCGCAUGGGAAGCGGUUCGGCGCGCGUAAACGGGAGCGAAGUGGAGGUAAUCAUGGACUUAUCGAACCGUCCGUAUUUAGGGUACGAUUUAGAUUUCGCAGGUGAUUCAAUUGGCGAUUUGAGUUGCGAGAUGGUCGAGCACUUAUUCAUGUCGAUUACUUUCAACGGCCAGAUGACCGUGCACUUGGUCACCAAAGAGAAAGGGUCGACGGAUAAAGAUUUAGCAGAAGCCGCGAUGAGAGCGUUUGGAACGUGUUUGAAACAAUGCAAAUCGAUCGAUCCCAGACGCGCGGGAGCAGUGGCGUCCUCGAAAGGCACUUUGUCUGUUUGA